UAUAUAUGAGCAUUCCCUCCUACUCUCCUAGUCUUCUUCUCUACUCUGAAGUAAAACAAGGGAGCUAGAGAGAGAGAGAGAGAGAGACAGAGAGAGAGAGAGAGAGAAAGGGAGAAGAAGGGGCAGUUUUUAAUGGCUUCAUUUCCAAGUCUUGUCCCGAUCAUUCUUUUGUUACUAUUUGUCGGGUGCUCUGCAAGGCCUCUGUACCCGCUCCCCAGCAGGAGAAAUGAUAGAAAUAAGCAGCCUUUGCAAACGUUUCGCCCAUUUAAUAUUGCACACCGAGGUUCAAAUGGAGAAAUACCUGAAGAAACUGCUGCUGCAUACAUGAGAGCUAUUGAAGAAGGUACUGACUUUAUUGAAACAGACAUCUUAGCAUCAAAAGAUGGUGUUCUUAUUUGCCAUCAUGAUGUUGUCCUCGAUGUUACAACUGAUAUAGCCGAGCACAAGGAGUUUGCAGAUAGAAACAGGACCUAUGUAGUUGAAGGGGUCAAAACUACUGGUCAUUUUGUUGUUGAUUUCACACUUGAAGAAUUGAAGACCCUAAGGACAAGGCAAAGAUAUGAUUUCCGAGAUCAGCAAUAUAACGGGCAGUUUCCUAUCAUUACAUUUGAGGAAUACAUUUCUAUUGCACUUGAUGCCCCGAGAGUUGUUGGAAUAUAUCCCGAGAUUAAGAACCCAAUUUUCAUUAACGAACGUGUUAAAUGGCCAGGUGGUAAGAAGUUUGAAGACAAGUUCGUUGAGACGCUGAAAAAAUAUGGGUAUAAAGGUCCUUAUAUGUCAAAGCAAUGGUUGAAACAGCCCGUUUUCAUUCAGUCCUUCGCCCCUACAUCUCUUACAUACAUAUCCAACCAAACGGACCUGCCUAAGAUCUUUCUAAUUGAUAAUGUGACAGUUCGUACUCAAGACACAAACCAGUCGUAUUCAGAAAUCACUUCGGACAGUUACCUUGACUUCAUCAAGGACUAUGUAGUGGGGAUUGGGCCUUGGAAGGAUACUAUAGUUCCAGUAUCUAAUAACUACUUGCUACCACCUACUGAUCUUGUAGCACGAGCGCAUGCCAAAAAUCUGCAGGUUCACCCUUACACUUUUCGCAACGAAAACGCAUACUUACACCUCAACUUCAGUGUAGACCCGUACAACGAGUUCGAUUACUGGAUAAACCAGAUCGGCGUGGAUGGUCUCUUCACAGACUUCACAGGCAGCCUUCACCAGUUUCAGGAGUGGACUGAUCCCUUAUCAGCUGGAGAAAAUGAAGCUUCUAGGCUACUAAAUAGGAUUUACACAAUGAUCUCAAAGUACAGAAAUUUAUAGUUUCUAUCAGUCUCUUAAAACCAUUUGUUUUUCAAGUCCAGUGUUCAUGGGAAAUCAUGCUAUGUAUCAUUACAGAUUUAGAGUUGAGCAAUUUCUCAGCAUGUUUAGCCCAUCUAGAGUAACUGGGUUUGAAUAUUGAUGGAUAAACUGUACUGAGUGGUCAAAUUUAUUAUUUAUUUUAAUAAGGGAAUGUAAGUUUUAAAUUAUAGUUGAAUAAGGGAAUGUGCGUUUUCUAGUAA